AUGUUUGAAGAUUAAAAAUUAAUCUAAGAAGGUGUCUUAAGGGACAAAGAUUUUGAUUCUUUAUGUGCCAAGAACUAUCUAGAUCCAAUCAAAGGUACUAAAUCUACAUACAGAUUAUAUUCUUCAGAGGGAAUAAUUUAUUUUGCCACAGCAGCUUUAGAGUUUGAUUGGGCUUAUAAGUAAUAGACAGAAUUUUGGAAUCUAAAUUAGAUAUCAAAUAACCUCUUUGGUAAAAAGGUUUAUCGUUGUUAAGGUGUCUGGUGGUUUGCUCCAAAGUGGAUCAUGCAAAAGAUCCCACCUGGUGUCUAUCAUGUUUAUAUUAGACAUGGAAAUAGCAAUGUCGGGCCAGUGUGUAGAUUUAUUCAUUACAAAGGGAUUGGUUCUGAGGAAAAAUUCGGAGAAGUACCUCUUUCAAAUGCUUAGAUACCCUUUUAAAAGAACUUUAAUAAGCUUAUAGCAACAUACGCUGCCACUUUAGACCUCUCAGAUGCAGAAGAGUUAACAAAUAUAGAAAUUAUGCUUUUUAGAGAAGCUUAGCAAGUUCAAGAUUACUUAGUUGAGGGGUCAAUACUUGUGCCUGUUUAGUCUCUAGAUAAAUUGCCUAGUUACUAUUUAAAAUUGCAGAUGGAUGAUGAAAUAUUAGAUAUAGAUUGGAAGUUACCAGUAUAAUAAAUUGAAUUGGUGAUACCGAAAUUUGAUCAGGAAAGUGAUGACGAUUUUGACAAGCCUGCUUUAUCAAAAUCAGAGGAAUAAUUCAAGGAUAUAAAUUUUAAAGAGUUUGAUAAGGAUGUUGUUGAAAAAAUAAAAAAUGUCUUCAUUGAAUUGUGGAAUUAUUAUGAUGUCAACAAAAACGGUUACUUGGAUAAAUAAGAAUUCAAAAAUUUUAUGAGAAACGUAUUUUAAAAGAUUCAAUACCCUGUUGAUGAAAUACAAAUAGAAAAUUACUUUGAGAGAUCGGAUACUGAUUCAACAGGCCAAGUUACAAAAUUUUAACUUGAAUGGCUCCUAAAACAGGUUAUAAGAAUCUAAGUUCAGUUAUAGGACCAGCAAGAAGCUUAAAAUGAAAUUAGGAAAUUAGAGCUAGAAUUGAAAGCUUAGAAUUAAAGUGCCAAGGAUUUAGAAAAGAAGUAUGAAGAUGGAGAUAUUAAUAUCGAAGGAACCAUUUCAAUUUUAAUUGAGGGUGAAAUACUUUAAAUAGAAGAUUUUCCUGUUCAAAAUUUGAUUCAAAAAGAGGGUAAAUGGAGAAUCGAGGGGUCUAACGAAGCUACCAUUAUCAUAAACUUUGAAGAGGAAAUUGAAUUUAAUGUUGUAGGGAUUAAAAGCGCUGAUGAUUGCCCUGAAAUGGAUCCCGUGAUUAUUGAAAUUUAAUUAAUGAAAGAUCUCAAUUAUGAAGAAGUAGUUAAGAAAGAUAACUUGAUGUUUGAUGAAAGAUUCUAAAAUAGAUUAUUUGAAGUUAAUGAAUUCGGAGUAAAGGCCAAAGGUUUAUGGAUAUACCUAAAAUCAGGCAGCGAUAAAGGAUUAUAAUUAUCUCAAAUUAAAGUGGUCAAAUCUGUAGGUUUAAUUAAAUGA